AUGUCAGAUCUGCCGCCGGAAACCCCCAAAUUGGGGCUGCCGCUCACUUCCUCUCUACACCAUUCUUACAGUCAGAAGCAGAAAUCUCUGGGACUGCUUUGUACCAAUUUCUUAGCUCUGUACAAUCGUGAUGGAAUCGAAACCAUUGGGCUUGAUGACGCCGCCUCAAAAUUAGGUGUUGAGAGGCGAAGAAUCUACGAUAUUGUUAAUGUUCUGGAGAGUGUUGGGGUUUUAACAAAAAGAGCUAAGAAUCAGUAUACGUGGAAAGGGUUUUCUGCGAUUCCAGCAGCGUUAAAGGAACUACAAGAAGAAGAGGCUAAGGACACUUUUCACCGUUUUUAUUUAAAUGAGAAUGUCAAAGUAUCUGAUGAUGAAGAUGAUGAGGAAGAGUCUUCUUCUCAGCCUCAUUCUAGUAGUCAGACUGAUACCUCAAAAUCUUCCCCAAUCUUCAGAUUCCUCCAAAAUAGGUACUUUCUGUAUAAUCGACGAGAGAAAUCUUUAGGACUGCUUACUCAGAACUUUAUCAAGCUCUUUGUUUGCUCUGAACCUAGGAUCAUCUCCCUUGACGAGGCUGCAAAAUUACUGCUUGGAGAUGCCCACAAUACAUCAAUUAUGAGAACAAAAGUGAGGCGGCUUUAUGAUAUUGCGAAUGUAUUGUCAUCAAUGAAUCUCCUUGAGAAGACUCACACCUUAGAUUCUAGAAAACCAGCUUUCAAAUGGUUAGGAUACAAUUGCGAGCCUACUUUCACACUGAGCAGCGAUUUGAUGCAAGCCGAAUCAAAGAAAAGAGUGUUUGGAACCGAUCUCACAAACGUCAGUGUCAAGAGAACCAAAACCCAUGAACAUGCUACCGAGAGGAGGAUGAAAAAACAUGCAGUUGCAGAGAGUUCUUAUAACCAAACCUUUGAUGCUCAUGGAUCAAGAGGUUAUGAGUUUGGUCCUUUUUCACCAGCCACUGGUACAUAUCCAACUGCUUCUUUGGAGGACAACUCCAAGAGAGCUUUUGAUGUUGAGAAUCUGGUUUCUGACUACCGUCCUUCUUACCAGAACCAAGUUUUGAAAGACCUCUUUGCACAUUACAUGGACGCUUGGAAGUCAUGGUACAGCGAAGUCACGCAGAAGAAUCCAUUACCAAAUACAUCACAACAACACCAUUAG